AUGGCUCCAAAAAUCUCAUUGCUCUUUCUGGCCAUGGCUGCUAUUCUUCUCCUUGCCCAGAGAACUCAAUCCCAAUACUUAAAUGAAUUCUGCAAAACUGCAACCCACAAAAUACUCUGCACAAAAAUGGUGAAUGGUGCAAAAACCGUGCAUGAUGCAUCCAAAAACGUUAUAGAGAACGCACUUAUUGCUGCCAAAAAACUCCAAUCAAUGUCCAAUCUGAUCGGACCAGUACUUUCGCGAUUGAAACCCGUAACGAAGGAUUCUAUUCUCUCGACGUGUGUUGAGGAUUUUGAAACCACAGUGGACGACCUCGAGAGGAGUUUGCAGGCACUCGAGGAGAAAGAUGAAGGCACGUUGUUGACACAUCUGAGUGCUGCAUAUAACAGCGAUUGCUCUGAUGCAUUUGAAGAAAUGGGUGCUAAGUUGCCACCUCUUUUGACAUCUCAAAUUGAUUAUUUGGCCAAAUUAGUUGAUAAUUGCUUGGCUGUUGUGGAGCAAAAAUGA